UCCUUGUAAGGGACUGCCAAAGGACAUUUCCUCAACAGGCUUGUGGAGCAAUGCAGGACUUCUGGAGGGAUAUAGUUAAUCAGCGCAACGUCCGGGCAGCCCAAUAUGCAGCAGGGAACGAUGAUGAGGCUGUGGUUGACCAGGGGAAAACCAACUCCACCAUCCACACAAACUUUGAGAAAGAGGAGCUGGAGAGUCACAGGGCGGUGUAUGUAGGCGUUCACUUCCCCCUGGGCAGACAGAGUCGGCGACGGCAUCGUCAUCGGGGCCACAAACACCACCGCAAACGGAGGGAGCGGGAAAGCGAACGGGAGGAUGGACGCGAAUCGCCCACUUACGACACUCCCUCCCAGAGGGUGCAAUUUAUCCUGGGCACGGAGGACGACGAUGAGGAGCACAUCCCCCAUGACCUCUUCACUGAGCUGGACGAGCUGUCCUUCAGGGACGGCCACGCCUAUGAGUGGAAAGAGACCGCCAGGUGGCUGAAGUUUGAGGAGGAUGUGGAGGAUGGUGGUGAGAGGUGGAGUAAGCCCUAUGUGGCCACCCUCUCCCUGCACAGCCUGUUUGAGCUGCGCUCCUGCAUCCUCAACGGCACCGUCAUGCUGGACAUGAGGGCCAACAGCAUCGACGACAUUGCAGACAUGGUGAUUGACAGCAUGGUGGCGUCGGGCCAGCUGGACGAGUCUCUGCGGGAGAAGGUGCGGGAGGCCAUGCUGAAGCGGCACCACCACCAGAGCGAGAAGAAGCUGAGCAACCGCAUCCCCCUGGUGCGCUCCUUCGCCGACAUAGGCAAGAAACACUCCGACCCCCACCUGCUUGAGCGCAAUGGGGAGGGUCUCUCCUCCUCCCGCCUGUCUCUGCUGAAGCGCACCUCCUCCAUUGGCAGCUACGGCACCCCCCCUCACUCCCGCCGCCCCUCCAAGAAGUCCCGUUUCUCCCUCGGCAGCCGCUCUUCACUUCUCCUCAGUCACCUCACCUCCUCCCCCACCUCCUCCCUCACCGCCUCCCCCACAGUCACCCCCACAGUCACCCCGACGGCCACCCCCAGAAACACGCCCCCGACCCCCCGCUGCUCCACGCCGGCCCCGCACUUCUCCGGUCCCCCCCUGCUCGGCCCCCAGAUCCUGGUUGACCCCGGUGACCAAGCGGGCAUUCCUCAGGUGGUGGUCUUCCCACCCGAGGAGGACGAGGAGAAGCAGGACGGGCUCUCCCCCCCGCGCUCAGACCUGCCCCUCAUAGAGGAGGGCCCUGUGCCGGACACCGCCCACCUGGCCUGGCUCCUGGCUCCAGCAGAAGGACUGCUGGCGUCCCCACAGUCGGCCCCUGGGAGCCUGGAGAACAGCAAGCCCAGUGAGGGCCGCAUCAACGGAGCAGGGGGCAGCCGUGAGAACAGCACGGUGGACUUCAGCAAGGUGGACAUGCACUUCAUGAAGAAGAUCCCUCCUGGGGCCGAGGCCUCCAACGUGCUGGUGGGGGAGGUGGACUUCCUGGAGCGGCCCAUCAUCGCUUUCUUGCGGUUAUCCCCAGCCGUGCUGCUCACAGGCCUCACCGAGGUCCCAGUGCCCACCAGGUUCCUGUUUCUGCUGCUCGGUCCUUUUGGAAAAGGGCCCCAAUACCACGAGAUCGGCCGCUCCAUAGCCACCCUAAUGACUGAUGAGAUUUUCCAUGAUGUAGCUUAUAAGGCCAAAGAUCGUAAUGACCUCCUGUCGGGCAUCGAUGAGUUCCUGGACCAGGUGACUGUGCUGCCCCCAGGAGAGUGGGACCCCACUAUCCGCAUCGAGCCACCGAAGAGCGUCCCGUCUCAGGAGAAGAGGAAGAUGCCCUCCAUGCCCAACGGCUCCGCUCACACGUCGGACACUGUGAAAGAGGAGGAACACGAGGCUGGGCCGGAGCUCCAGAGAACAGGGAGGAUAUUCGGCGGGCUGGUGCGGGACGUGCGGCGGAAGGCUCCAUUCUACUGGAGCGACGUGCGUGACGCUCUGAGCCUGCAGUGCCUGGCCUCCAUCCUCUUCCUGUACUGCGCCUGCAUGUCGCCCGUCAUCACUUUCGGGGGCCUGCUGGGGGAGGCCACCAAGGGCAACAUUAGUGCCAUUGAGUCUCUGUUCGGAGCGUCCCUGACAGGAGUGGCCUACUCCCUAUUCGCUGGGCAGCCCCUCACCAUCCUGGGCAGCACUGGGCCUGUGCUCGUCUUUGAGAAAAUCCUCUUCAAAUUUUGCAGUGAUUAUGGUCUGUCCUACCUGCCAUUGCGUACAAGCAUCGGGCUCUGGACGGCCUUCCUGUGCCUGGUGCUGGUUGCCACGGACGCUAGCUCGCUGGUGUGCUACAUCACGCGCUUCACGGAGGAGGCCUUCGCCUCCCUCAUCUGCAUCAUCUUCAUCUACGAGGCCCUGGAGAAGCUGGUGCAGUUGGGCGAGAGCUACCCCGUCGACAUGCACAACAACCUGGACAACCUGACCUUCUACAGCUGUCAGUGUUCAGCGCCGUCCAACAUCACCCCUGAGAUCACUAACCUGCUGAAUCAGUCAGGCUUCACUCCUGACUCCAUCAGCUGGAGUGAGCUGAACAUGCCUAUGUGCACCAGGCUCCAAGGGGUGUUUGUGGGCCCAGCCUGCAGCCACGAGGGGCCCUACAUCCCCGACGUGCUCUUCUGGUCCAUCAUCCUCUUCUUCACCACCUUCUUCCUCUCCUCCUUUCUCAAGCAGUUCAAAACCAAGCGCUACUUCCCCACCAAGGUGCGCUCCACAAUCAGUGACUUUGCCAUCUUUCUGACCAUCAUGAUUAUGGUUCUGGUGGACUACCUUGUGGGAAUACCCUCUCCUAAACUCCAUGUCCCUGACACAUUUGAGCCCACCUCUAAGCACCGGGGCUGGCUGAUCUCACCGCUGGGCUCCAACCCCACGUGGACGUUGCUGGCGGCAGCUAUUCCGGCUCUGCUGUGCACCAUUCUCAUCUUCAUGGACCAGCAGAUCACUGCAGUCAUCAUCAACCGCAAGGAGCACAAGCUCAAGAAAGGCUGCGGGUACCACCUGGACCUGCUGAUCGUGGCGGUGAUGCUGGGCGUGUGCUCCAUCAUGGGGCUGCCGUGGUUCGUGGCGGCCACCGUGCUCUCCAUCUCCCACGUCAACAGCCUGAAGGUGGAGUCUGAGUGCUCUGCCCCCGGCGAGCAGCCCAAAUUCCUGGGCAUCCGCGAGCAGAGAUUCACUGGCCUCAUGAUCUUUGUCCUCAUGGGUCUCUCCGUCUUUAUGACCUCCGUGCUGAAGUUUAUUCCCAUGCCAGUCCUGUAUGGGGUAUUUCUUUACAUGGGGGUCUCAUCACUCAAGGGCAUUCAGUUAUUUGACCGUAUUAAGCUGUUUGGCAUGCCUGCCAAGCACCAGCCGGACCUGAUCUACCUGCGCUACGUGCCGCUGUGGAAGGUGCACGUGUUCACCUUCGUGCAGCUCACCUGCCUGGUGCUGCUGUGGGUCAUCAAGGCCUCAGCCGCCGCUGUCGUCUUCCCCAUGAUGGUCCUGGCUCUGGUGUUUGUGCGGAAGCUGCUGGACUUCUGCUUCACCAACAGGGAGCUCAGCUGGUUGGACGAUUUGAUGCCCGAGAGUAAGAAGAAGAAGGAGGACGACAAGAAAAAGAAAGCCAAAGAGGAGGCGCGGCGGAUGCUUGAAGCAGAUCAUGAUAUUGAGCUGCCGUACGAGGGGGAGAACCUUCUCAAGAUCCCAGUCAAGGCCCUGAAAGUCAGUGCUGACCCGUCUGUGGUAAACAUUUCUGAUGAAAUGGCCAAAACCGCUGUGUGGAAAGCUGUUUCCAUGAACUCUGACAGUGGAAAAGUUCACAAACCUUGCACAAGCGAGGAGAAAGCUGCCAGCAUCCAGAUCAGCAUUGAGGAUGAGCAGGGGGACAAGUUUGUUGACAACGAGACAUCGUUAUGACAACUGGGCAGGGCGAGCGUUUUGACGGAGGGGCGAGUCUGUCUCGGAGGACUCGAGGAAGGUGGAGGAUGCCUGCUGCCCACAGAAGCCUCCUCACUCUCACUGGCAAACAGGAGGGCCGUGGCCGAGCCCGUGUCAGGCUGAUGCAUAGGAGACAUGUCCCAUACACACUGUAUGCGUUUGGCUUCAGACAUCUGUUUUAAAUGUUAGAAGCAAAGGUUUUUUUUUUAUUCUCCCCUUUUUUAUAAAACAACGAACCUAUUUAAUUUGUUAGGCAUUUUACAGAGAGCUCUCAGGCCAGACUAAGAGCUCAACUCUUCUGAAAGGAAUUUUUACCCAAGAAACCAAGGAACAUUGCAGGAUUUUUGUUUUAUAGGCUCAUUUAAGGAACAUUUGAGGUCUUAUAAUUGUGACAUUUUGAGAGCAUACAGCAUCAGCUCUAUAGAUUUCUCUACUGUGUGUGUGUGUGUGUGUGUGUGUGUGUGUGUGUGUGCGUGCGUGCGCGUGUGAAAGAGAGAGUCUAGGUCUAGGUAAACAUGAGGGGGGAGUGUAGUUUGUUUCCCAUCUAGCCCAGCUAGUUUGAUGUCUGUCUAGCUAGUCUCAGAUGCACAUAACAUUACUGUAGAGCUUUUGGAGAAACGAGGGGGGGGGGGGGGUAAUCUUGUAAGCAAUCAUUUAAUGCUUUUAUUCUCCCUCUCUUAGUUGUUGGUGUAAGCAGUUGCUUACCAAACUGUAAAAUAAUGAAAUUAAAUACGUAUUACAAUGUUUUUUUUUUAUUCAGCCAAUUGUGCCGUAGGUUGUAUUCUACAGAUGUUUAGGAACAGGGAUAGAUCAGUUCUUAACAAGGCAAAUAUGUAGUAAACCAUAUUAUAAACCCUAAUCAGCUAAUGUACUACAGACAGCAAAGUGCUGUUUGAUGUGGUCUACAUACAAUGUGAUUUAUUUAGUGUUAAAGGAAAAUUAAUAAUUUUAUACCAUGACUUUAUUAUUGCUAUUGUCUUUUAAUUUAUUUUUAUGGUCAAGUUUGCAGUUGGAGGAGUUUGGGGGGCGGUGGAAGGGACUGGAGACACUGUUGGGGAUGUGUGAGGGCUGCUGGUGUGUUCCGCUCCCCUCACGUGUAACGCUGCACUUUACACAAGGUACGCGUGCAAGUUGGACAAACCACAUGUACCUUAUUUAAGAUAUCUACUUAGAGCAGUCUCAGGAAUCUAUGGGUUCUCCAUAAGAGCCCCCUCUCUCUCUCUCCCCCCCCUUUCUCUGUCUAUCUCCCUCUCUCUUAUUCCCCUUAUUUCUCCUUACCUUGCCCUGUGUUCUGGCAGUGUAAUGUUUCUUUUAUACUGAUCAUUGUUCUUCCCCCCUCCCUCCCCCUCGUCAGCCCCCCACCGCCCCACCCCACUUUACACUGGACAAGAAUGUGAUCGUUUGCUUUCUUAUUGUUUUUGCCGCAGGCCUCUUAUUUUCUACUCAGUGCUCAAUGUUUUAAGCUCGAACCAUUUCAUUUCCAAUAUAUAUUCCCACACUCCCAUAAUUCAAAUGCUUUCGUUACUUUCUUUGAGAAAGUUUAGAAUAGAAAGACUAUUUUUGUUUAUUAUUAUUUCUGUUUUACUGCAUCCCAGUAGUGAUAAACUACUCAGUUCAACUAGUUCCGGUUUUAUUUCUCACACCCAGUGACCAUGUAUUCUGUUGCAAAUAUUCAAAGCUAUGUACACACAAAAAUGUUCUAAUCAUAAAAGAGAAAGAAAUAUACUGUCACAUGUAGAACUCUUAGUCUAAUUUUUAAUGCCCUUGUGUAGGUUUUUCUUUUUAAAUAUAUUUUUUACCCCUUUGAUUGAGAUUAAAUUAGUUGUUUGCUAUUUACUCAUAUCUAUGUCAUAGAAGUCUUCAGACCAUUUAUUGGACCCAGUUUGAAAGUUAUAUCUUUUAUCUUUUUUUUUAUAUUCUCAAUCAAUCAUGUUUCUUUUUAGGUUGCUCCCAUGCUCAAAACUGCAUCAAAGCCUUUUUAUUUUCUGUUGGUACUUGUGCCUAUAAGGGAGUUUAGCGGGUACAGAAUUUGCCUGGAAAAAGGUCAUCAUGGCAUGAACUUGUGCUUUGUAUUAAACUGUACCACUGUCUCCACGUUGCCCCAUUAAGAAGUGCUUGUAUAGUUUAUCAGCCCAGGUGAGCAAGCCUGGGCUUCAAUUCAUUAAUGACUGACAGGUGUCACUUGUGCUAAGUAGUCAUGAGCAGUCGUGAAAUGUCUUGAUUUUGGUUAUCUGCUCGGUUGCUCAGAAACGCCUUCAUAUUAUAUUAAUGGAGGGAUGAGCAAGAAGUGCUAUUUUUUGUAGCUGAUUUGUAAAUGAAAUGGUCAAAAAGGAAAAGCAAUAAAGAUGAUCACUUAAUAAAUGUCAA